AUGUUAAACAAACUAAGAAAUGAAAAUGAAGAAAUAGCAAUUAUAAUUAAUUAGGUUAUAUUUAAAAGUGUUCGAUAAUUAGAUUAAGAAUUAAAAAAAGAAAAAGAUGAUAAAUUAAAAUAUUAAGCAUUACUUAAACAACAGAAGAAAUAUAAAAUUUAGUGGAAGAACUUAAACAAUUUAGAUAGGUUUUAUCAAAAAUAAAAGAUGAAUUUGAAAGAUAUAGAAACACGUAAUUUAUUUAUUUUAAUGUAGACAUAAUCAAAGCAAUAUAACUCAAUCUAAAAUAGAAGUAGUUGAUACUUCAUUUUAUUUAGAAGAGUUAAAAAUAAAAGUCUCUACUAUCAAUGAAUUAAAGUUUUAAAAUUAGUAAUUACAAGAAGAAGUAGACUAUUUUAGAAACUUGA